AUGCCCGAUCCCUUGACCUUCACCCUCUCUCGCUCCCCUCCAUCCUCUCUCCCGGCCUGGAGACGAGCCGGCCGCAAGAUCUUCCAUGUUUUGCGCACCUACUGCCACUUCGUCGGCCCCGGAAUGAUGAUCUCGGUGGCAUAUAUCGACCCCGGAAACUAUGCCGCUGACGUCGCGGCCGGGGCCAGCUACCGCUUCAAGCUCCUCUUCAUCGUCUUUCUCUCCAACAUCUUCGCCAUCUACCUGCAAGCCCUCUGCAUCCACCUCGGCACCGUCACUGGCAUGGACCUGGCCACGAUGCUGCGCGUACACUGCCCCCGCUGGCUGAACUACGUCGUCUACGUCUUCGGAGAAGCGGCCAUCAUCGCCACCGACAUCGCUGAAGUCAUUGGCACCGCCAUUGCGUUGAAGCUCUUGUCCAACGACAAGAUUCCGCUGUUAGCCGGCUGUGCCAUCAGCAUUAUCGACGUCGUUUUCAUCCUGAUCUUCUACCGCCAGCAUGGCACAGCAACUUUGGCGACGCGGGUGUUUGAGUACAUGAUCGCCGGGUUGGUGCUCGGGGUGUUGAUCUGUUUUGCUAUCCAGCUCUCGCAUCUCCACGACACCACCACUGGCGAGGUUUUCAAGGGCUUCCUGCCUUCAUCCGAGCUCAUCCAAGGUCAGGCGAUCUACCAGGCUUGCUCCAUUCUCGGCGCCACAGUUAUGCCUCACUCCCUCUACCUCGGAAGCGGCCUGGUGCAGGGUCGGCUACGGCAGUUUGACGAGCAGAACAACUUGCUGCGCCCCGCGGCGGAGGAUGACGAAGACUCGGCGCCGGGAGAUAAGAUCUACGAGCCUAGUCUGCGGGCGAUUCGGAGCUGUAUCGGGUACGCCAUCGCCGAGUGCACCAUUUCUCUCCUCACUUGCGCCUUCUUCAUCAACUCCGCCAUCCUCAUCGUUGCCGGCGCCUCGUUGUACGGCAUUCCCGGAUCCGCUAAUGCCGGCCUGCCCGGCAUUUAUCACCUCCUCAGCAACACCCUCGGCGCGUCAGUCGGCAAACUGUUCGCCGCCGCCCUGCUUUUGUCCGGCUUCUCCGCCGGCAUCAUCUGUACCAUCGCUGGGCAAAUGGUGUGCGAGGGCCACAUCCGGUGGAAGAUCAAGCCAUGGCAACGCAGGCUGCUCACUCGCCUCCUCUCCAUCCUACCCUCGAUGGUCGUCGCGGGCAGUUUGGGAGAAAAGGGGAUCAACCAAGCUCUGGUCGGGUCCCAGGUGGCGUUGAGCGUCAUCCUACCCGUUAUCAGUGCGCCUGUAGUCUAUUUCACGAUUCGCAGCAAAUAUAUGACGAUCAUUUGCGAUGCUUCCGGGCAUCGAGUCUCAUCGCCGGCGGUGCUGGCUAGUUCGAGGGCGGGCGAGAACGAUCCUUCUUUGCAAAGGGUGAACAUGCGUUUGCAUCCUGUAUGGGCGGUCUUUGGAGUGCUGGUCUGGCUUUUCAUCACGGUUAUGAAUGUUGCAUUGUUGGCAUUGUUGGGCUUGGGCAAGACAUGA